AUGUCUCCAAAAGUAAUGCUUCAACUCGUGGUUUUUUCUUUAGUCUUUACCAUGUUUACCGCUCAUCAAGCUCGGGGUGAGAAAGACUGUUAUCAACAGAGAGAUUUAGUUAAGCGCGACUGUGACAAAACCAUCAAAAUUAAUGAGCCCUACAAGCCUCCAACUGCUGAGUGCAUUGGUGCUGUCAAACUAUCUGACAUGGUUUGCAUUUGCCGUAUUCUCACCCCUGACGACGAGAAGGAAAUAAGCGUACCUAAGCUUCUUCGUCUUGCAGAGGAGUGCAAUAGACCAGUGCCAGUGGGAAGUAAAUGUGGAUAUGUGAAAUCUGAUAUGAACUUUGUUUCUUAG